AAAAUGGCGACCGGCCAUCUAUUACCGACCACCUUAUUUCUCCUACUAAUUGCCAGUAUCUUAAAUGUCGAAUCUGCCUCAACAGACAGACCGAAUUUCGUAGUAUUCAUUGUAGAUGACCUGGGAAUUGGCGAUAUCGGUUGUUUCGGUAAUGACACGAUCAAAACUCCAAACAUCGAUAGCUUGGCAUCGCGAGGAGUGAAGCUAAAUCAUAAUUUAGCACCGGCGUCGCUAUGCACGCCAAGUCGGGCUGCAACAUUGACGGGGAGGUAUGCAGUGCGGUCAGGUUUUGCUGCCGGGCCAGGGGAAAGUCGAGUUAUAUUUCAUCUUGCUUUUUCUGGUGGUUUGCCGCACAAUGAGACGACUAUCGGAGAGAUUUUACAAGAAUCUGGAUACAGAACGGGUUGGUUUGUUGAUUUCUGUAGUGUUUGGUCACCAUUUCACGUCAGAGUUACUGAAAAAUGACCAUGCAAUGUUUGCUCGAAUGAUGCAUGCACCACUCAAGCGAAGAACGGAAGAGGUUAUUUCGCUGGCCUCAGAGUAUAAACAAAGCAACGGUUUUACUAACACUAACCCUAUUCCAAAUACCAACUCUAACCCUAACCAUAAUCCUAACCUGACCUAACCCUACUCCAAGUUUGUUUCUAAACCAAUCUUGAAGAAAAAAGUUUUGACGAAAUGUCAUUCUGAGGUCAACGAACUAGAACUUGCGGCUAAUUAAUAUUCAGAGUUAAUCAAUAUUCAAGUCAAUCUUUUCCCCCAAAAUUGACCAUCAUCUGCAGCCCUGUAACGCUUACUGGUGUACAUAAGAACAGUCAGCACCUUCCAUGCAUGGGACAUUACGUCCCGUUUGCGCACUGAAUAGUCCAUUUGGGUAUUUACUUAUUGUUUGUUUCUGUGCUCGUUUUGCGUGUGUUGAGCUUUUUGUCAUGUAAUGUUCAUCAAGUUUUAUUUUACAGUGGAAUUGUCAAUAAAAUUGUUAAAUACCUGAAGAAGAAUAAAACACUCGGGUUUCAGCAAAGGUCUUCGUCGGUAGGUUAGCACGACCACUAUGGCAUCUCACCAUAUUCUUUAUUGAUUCCUGUAGGUCUUAUAGGAAAAUGGCAUCUUGGUUUAAACUGCGAGAACAAUCACGAUUCAUGCCAUAAUCCUCUUCAUUCUGGAUUUCACGAAUAUUACGGCUUACCUUUUACAAACGUCCGUGGCGAAUGCACGAGACCCGAAGACGGCGGCGUAUCAAUGGUGGAGAAUUUCGAAAAGAUAUCAAGGCAGCUUAUUUUUGUAACUGUGGCACUUGGACUUGCGCUAUAUCUCUUAGGAAUUGUAUCGCGAAAGUUUGCGUUGAUAUUUGUAUUAGUUUUGGGAAUAUGCUUCUCAAUACCUCCCUUAGUUUUGAAGAGAAUUUUACCAAAAUUGAAUUGCGUUUUAAUGCGGGAUUUCGACCUUGUGGAACAGCCUGUUAUCAUAGAGAAUUUGACAGCGAGAUUCACAAACGAAGCAAGGAGUUUUAUCAAAAGAAACAAAGGGCAACCCUUUCUUCUUUUCAUGUCCUAUGCAAAAGUCCACACCUCUCUCUUUACGUCACCAAAGUUCAAAGGUAACAUAAUUUCAUAACUGGAUUUCCACAUGCUAUUCGCCCGACUUCUACUAGAUACGGAUGAUCACUUGAGUGGAGAAAGUUCGUCCUGUGACAGGGGUGCAUCAAUUACCGUUUGCUCCUCCGUCUGGGGGAGCGUCUGGUCAAACAGGCUUCACUACUCCCAAUCACUUCACUACUCCCAAUCAGCCUCCAAUUAUGAACUUUUUCGUCAGACCGCUCCUGGAUAGGGGAAGAAAAUGGCCUUUCCCAAUAUGGGGUGGGGAAAUAACCCAACUAUGUAAAGUAUCCAGUGCCCAAGGGUAGCUCUGAGUUAUAGAGUUGAGCACUUCAACUUCAUUAUUAUUAUUGUUAGCGGUUUCACUUCAAUUUUAUAAAACCUAAUAGGACACAGUGUACAUGGUAACUAUGGUGAUAAUGUCGAAGAGAUGGACUGGAGUGUCGGCGAAAUUGUCGCGAGUCUUAACGAAGAAAAUCUUUUGGAGAACACAAUGGUGUAUUUUACUUCGGAUCAUGGACCGCAUUUGGAGGAGACUGUCGAUUCAGGGGAGUACUGUGGUGGCUGGAGAGGGUUGUAUACCGGAGGUAUUAAAAUGAUUUAGCAAAAUUUCCGAACGCACAACCGGAAUUUUGGGGCAUGUUCAUUUGAUCGCAUUUCAGCAGAAACUCACCUGCGGAAGAUCCGUAUGUCCUUGUUAAUCUAUAAAUCAUUGUGCGUAAUCACAUGUAGAGGCGAGCGAACAAGUGGGAUGUCAAGGAUGUCAGUCAAGUUGGAUAAAAUAUCCAUUUAUAUGCUUCAUUCCACCUGAGCGGGAUGAAUUUUUUUGGACCUAUAUUUGUGCUAGAUAUCAUAUUUUGCAAGAUUGUAACAGAUAAAUUUAAUGAAAAUAUUGCCGAAUGUCCGCGAACUUUGUCGGAGAGCCUGCUGACUGCUAACCAACAUUCUCCUUUUUUAGGGAAAGGUCAGAAUUGGGAAGGUGGUAUCCGUGUUCCAACAGUCGUUAUGUGGAAAGAUCAUUUUCCUGAAGGUAUUACGAUCAACGAACCAACCAGCACAAUGGAUAUCUUUACAACCAUGACUAACCUAGCUGGAGGCAGUGUCCCUAAUGACAGAAUUAUCGACAGCAAAAACAUCCUUCCCUUGUUAAAACAAGAGGAAUCAGUCUCCCCUCACGAGUUUAUGUUCCAUUACUGUGGUUCCUCGAUACAUGCAGUGAGAUAUAGGCCUCGGGCAGGUAAUACCACCUGGAAGGCACAUUUUGUCACUCCUAUAUGGUUACCGGGGAAACAAGAGUGUAAAAGAGAGGAUAUUGUAUGUGGGUGUUUCGGCGAUGAGGUUAUGCACCAUGAUCCACCAUUGCUCUACGAUAUCACCAAUGAUCCAUACGAACGUCACCAGCUUGAUACAAACCAGGAUAUCAUAGUCAAGAUAAACGAAGCAAUGAAGAACCAUAAAUCAGGAGUGAAGCCUGUGCCAUCUCAACUCUCAUAUCCCCACGAUGUGUGGAGCCCAUUUCUUCAACCGUGUUGUAAUUUUCCGUAUUGUUCUUGUGUUGAAAAAGCUUAAAAUGUGCUCCGCAGUCUUCAGGUGAUUCACAAAAUUAUUGAUAGUAACACUAAACCGGUUAGCACUUUUUUCCAUCCAGCAAACCGCCCUAUCGAUUUUGUAAAGUCGUUUCUUUUUGGAUUUUUUUUAUUAAUUUGGUUGAGGUUAGGGUAAGGGGUUAGAGUUGGGGUAGGGUUUGGGUUAGUUACAUAGCCAUUUAACACCUCUUCCAUCUUCCAAAAAUGACGUCAGGUCAGUUUGCUGGAUGGAAAAUUGUGCUAACCCAGUAAACCACGGUUUUGUAUUCUGGCUAGGUACGGUUAAAUUCGUUCGCGCUUGGAAUAUACAAUUGACUAUGACAAAUUAUUUAAUUAAAAUGGUUGUAUUAUUCAAGAAAUCAAACGACAACAAAGAGUAUCUCCAUUUUGUUUAUUAGAAGUUAUAUUUUAAAUUUUGAAGUGCUCUUUCAUUGACUGGAUUUUUCGAGGAUAUUUUAAGACCUGGCAUGCCUGGUUUAACAAUAUAUACCAGAUAAUAAAUUUUUGUCUCAAACUUUCAAUAGUACGUCCCUAGUCUACUCGGAUAUUAACGAACGGCUAAUUUUACUAAUAUGAUUUCAUAUGUACCUAGAUAUACCUAGCGACCACCAACUGUAGUCCAACCAUCACUGUUAUCCCCUUCUGGCUUCCGGUCACGAUCACCAGUGGCACCGCUGCCCCCUUUACGAGCCGCCGACCAUGAACGACCUAAAACAAAUGAUAGGAAAUUGAAACAUGAGUCCUUUUUCUCGCAAAUACAUUUCAAAAACUUCUCAUAUCUUUACAAGUGUAAGCACUAGCAUGACCUACAGUGAAAUGAGACAGGUCAUAAAGUAACUGCUAGGGUGGGCUGGAAUGAUUUGGGAUGGGCCAUGGAAAAUUUUUGGGCAGUUUCGAUGGGCCGCCAAUUUUUUUGUAUGUCCACGGUUGGGUCACCAAACAAA